AUGGGUAAAAUCCCCAUGCAGCACCACUUCGAAGGGCUUGACCAUUUCAUGACGAUCGAAGGCCAUGAGCACCGUACAGGACUUAUCACGGCCCAAAAUCCGACCCAGACAAAGUCCUACCAAGAAGACUUAGACUUGGAGAUUGAGGUCCAAGAGAGGCUCCGCAUGCAACAGGCUUACCAUCAACGUCCAAUCGAAAGCUCAUUUUCAGGGGUCGAGAUUGCCCGUCAAGCACUCCAGGCAAAAUGCGACGAGUUUUUCAGGUCCACGGAAGAGAAGGAGGAGGCUGGGAAGAAGAAACCAGGGGUCUUGCGAAUAUUUCAUCGGAACGGCACCGAGCAGCGACUAGUUCAGGAAAUUCGUAAUGGCGAAGAAAUGACAGUGAGCGAAGUCAGCUUAAUCACAAAUAAUCUGGGGGAGAAAUGGAAAGCGUCAAAUAGCAAGGCGGCAAUGAACUUCAACAAGAUAUGUCAGAAACUUGACUCACAUAAGAAAAUCUUCGAAUGCUUUCCGAAUCAAUCAGUCUAUACCUCUGUUCUAUGUGGUGCUGUCAAGAUGGUCGUUGAGGCCUCGGUCAAUUACUCAACUAUCGCAGAGCAGCUUUCAACAUACGUAGCAGAUCUAUCAGAAAGAAUUUCUAUCUGCACAAAUUGGCUCGAUCUGUAUACGAACACGGCUAUGAAGGAGCGGCUAGCUGCGAUAUAUGAAGAAUAUUUCAAUUUCUUCAUCAAAGUGGCCUCCUGGUAUUUGAAAUCAAAGGGGUCCAAGAUUCUCGAUUCUUUUAAUUCGAACUUCUUAUCAACAUACCAAGGAACGGUGGAUAAGAUUGAACGGUCUAUCCAACUCCUCGACGACCAGGCCUUAAUCGAGAACGCACGAGAGAUCAAAGGCUUGUUACCAGCAGUGUUACCAGCAGUCACCGAGUCAACGGAACUCAUCAUGGCACAGGUUCUACAGAGUCGAAAGGAGAACAAUGAGGUUGGAAGGAGAAUGUAUAGAUUUCUCAUGGAGAUGGACGAUCGCUGUAUGCAAUUUGCUCCCCGUCCUCCCAAUCCUACACCCCUAUUCACAUCUGUCUGGUUUUUAGUGGAACGAAUCGAGCGUGCCCAGCUACAGAGACCUUCAUGGACUACCGGAAUAGUAUCGACAGAGGUUCUGAUGAUAGAAGAAACGGAGUUCACAGAGACCAUCACCGUUCCAGCAGGAAUAACCAGAGCCGAGGCCCAGCAACUAUGUCAACACCUCCAAACACUUAUAGACCAAGUAGGAGGCAGCGACGGAAUCAGACCAGCCAUCCAAGCAGGACGACUUGUUGCCGAGCCUCUCAUCAUUCGCACUCUGGGUAAAUGGACAACAGCUACUUCAGGCGACGACCUCAUACUCUGGAUUAUCAGUCCAUACGAACUCGGUCCACAAACCAGCGCGGAGCUCGCGGCGUACGGGAUCAUCUGGUCUGCGAUCCAAGCUGAGGCCCAGUUCAUUUCCUACAUCUGCCAGCGAUCCCGUCCCGGUAGAGUGCCAGAUUUUCAAGGAGUUGAGGACAAAGCUGCUGUUCUGGCGAUGGUAUAUAGCUUGAUACUGCAGCUGCUACAAUUCCAGCCUCCCGAUGAUGAUUUGAUUCUCCAACAGGAGAUGCUUGUUCGGCUUACACAGCCGGGGGAGCGAUGGAGCUCUGCUUUGGCGCUUCUUGCUUAUCUGUUGGAGCACACUCCGUCUCUGCGAUAUUGUAUCAUCUCGGGGAUCAACCUUCUUGAGGGUGGUGCGCGUGAAAUGUGCAGGGAGUUUGUCGACUUGAUUUUCUCUCAUGUGAGAAAUUCGGAGUGGCCGUUGCGUGUGCUUUUCAGUACGUCUGGGCAGUCGAGGGCGCUUUCGGAAACCGUUAGUAAGGACAGCAAGGUUCUGUCUAACAAUACCUUUCGCCAGGCAAAGGGGAGGAAGCUUUAUCGCGAUCUCCAAAUGCCCGAAUGA